CUGGCAGCUUGACAACACACACGGCCAAUUUUUGCGACACGAAUGAAUGCAGGUCAAUGACAUCCCAGAGCUUUUUGAGAUGCAAGUCGUUCAAGUCAUCCUCAGUGUCCUGUCUCUGCGACAGCUGCCCCGACUCGAAGUUAUCGCGUCUCGACCACGAAUAAUCUCCGACCGCGACCUGUCCGCGUCGGCGAUGCACUCACGGCGGCUAGUAACCUACGCAACAGCGGGUCCACUGGGAGACCUCGAUCAGGAGGUAUAGGCCCGCGAGUGCGCGCAAUCUAUCUCAUUCAACAUUGUCGUCUCUCCAUUGGUUUCAUUUUCCUGGCAGCGCCUACUCGGUUGGUGUGAGAGGUGCGAUUCGUCCAAUCUUUCUCGACCACUGAGUCGACCGCUGGAUUUGUCCUUUCGAAAAGUUCUCCCUGCUCUGCGCGUCUGCCUGCCUGCGCAAUUGAAGCCGUGUGAGCGAUUUUGUCUAUUUCUUCGUCUGUCUUGUUUCCGUCUGUCUUGUCAAAAUUUCUUUUUCGCCAUUUUGACGCCGCACAGACUUUGAUUCCUCGCCAACCUUCGUUAUUCGCAUCUAAACAUAGCAAGUGUUUGUUUCAUUUUCCCCGUAUCGCCGCCCAGAUUCUAGUUGAGACACGUCCAACUCCACUGGUCCUAAUUCUUGCGGCCUAUAAUUCAGGAUGAAAACGGUCAAAGACCAGAUGACGAUGACCCCUUUCCAGAAGCUUGAAGUUUCAGCUUUCCACUAAUGUCUCGAGAUUGGAAAACACAAUGAGAAACGGAAAAAUUGGAGGCUCUUGAUACCCGCUGGGGUGUUCCAUGCAAAAAGCAACCUCAGCCAUCAAAUUACCUACCGAUGCAACUCUGGCAACAACCAGGUCGCAUGCGGAACGGUCCAUAUUGCCAAAUGCCCUGAAGCCUAUCGCGCAGCUGGAAAAAAAUCUGGGUCUGCGGCUGACGUUUUUCUCUUGUCAUGUCUCAUUUUAAGCCCAGAAUGUGCACGGAAGCUAGCCGGAUCGACUACCGUAAAAGGCAAUGGUAGAGAGCCCCCAGGCACAGUUUAUUCUUGGACAUUCCAAAGGAGCCGACCCAUCACAACGUGUGCAGAGAACAAUACUAAGUUUUACCGUGUAUUCCGAGGAAGUCCAGCCUCCAUAUUCCUGGUUGCUAAGCAAAGGAGGUCCCACCAAUACCUGUCGCAACUGUACCGGCGUCUGUCAAACAGUCGGUCAUCUGGAUAACCCGGCGUUUGCUUGGAUGGCCCUUCGGGUCGACUUGCGGGAGAUAUGGUCCUGUCUUGGUUGCCAUUAUACGUUGUGUCGUCUGGUGUUUGCCUCGCCGGGAAACGUUUCGAGGCCUUCUAUAUAAGGUCAACCGCUCUCACCCUCCAUCAAGUCUUCUCUUGUUCAAUCCAUCCACAGCCUCAUCUUUCAGCCCGGUUUAUACCCUCUCUUUUCCAAUUCUUUUAGUUCUAGCCCCGGAGGCAAUUUCUUUCCACUUCACAGGUGAAGCCUUUGUUUUUUACAAAAUUUCUACUUUCCUUCACACUUCUUUUCACAAUGAAGACUCAGUCCGCGAUCAUUCUUGCGCUCAGCGCAACCGUCUCCGCCCACGGUGUGGUGGUCAAGAUGCUUGGUGAGAAUGGAGUCGAGAUGCCCGGUCUUACAGUUGCCGAUGGCACUCCUCGUGACUGCACCAGCAACGGCUGUGGCUCUCAGGCCGAUACUGCUAUCAUUCGCGACAGGGAGAUCCGACAGGGCGGAUCGCCUCUCGGCCGUACCCAGGGAGGCGGUCCCGUCGAUGCCGCUGUCAUGAUCAGGAACUUCAUGGGCGAGGGUGAAGCGCCUUCUAGCAACGCCACCGGUGUCGGUGAGGAGGACAACAUCCCGUCAAACGUCGGGGCUGGCAGAGGUGCUUCCAGGGGUGCUUCGAGGUUUGCUGCCGCCACCCGUGGCAGGUCUAUCGCCCUCGAGGAGGAUGAUGAGGAGACCGAGGAUAUUCCGCCCGUUUCGAGCAGCAACUUUGUCGCCCGCCAGCUUGGCAACCUCUUCAAGGGUCUGGGCGGUCUCGGAGGCGGCGGUGGCGUCAAGGCCCUGGGCGGCCCUGAGACCAUGGUCAAGGCCACCUUGGGCGAGGGGGCCAGCUCCGGUCUGCCGACAGUCGGCAAGGACGGCAUCAUCAAGAUGACGUUCCGCCAGAUCAACCAGGAUGGCGCAGGUCCCAUGAGCGCCGAUGUCGAUGGCACCUCGGGUGGUACCAAGGCCGAUGCUUUCCAACAAGCCGAGGUCGUCAAGGAUGUCCCGGGCCUUGGUAUCCAGGGUCUGAGCUUGGCCACCGCCACCGAGUUCCCGCUUGAGGUCAAGAUGCCUGCCGGCACGACCUGCGAGGCUACCGUCGCCGGUGUCAAGAACGUCUGCGUGGUCCGCGUCCGCAACGGUGCUGCUGCCGGUCCCUUCGGUGGCAGCGCUGCCUUUACCCAGAGCCCUGAAGCCCGCAAGCGUGCCAUCGCCUACAGGCUCCGCAAGCGCAUGUCGCUGGACAACCGCAACUAAGCGACUGCACUUCACGACAUUGAGUGCUUGCGCACUGUCGUCUUGAUCUGGCAUUCUAGCCCAAGCGGUCAUCGGAGCUAACCCUAGCUCACUGUUUUCUUUAUUGUGACGUUUGUAGAAGUGUGGUUGUAGGAUUUUGGAUUUUUUGGCCUCUCACGGUGUAUUACAUUCAUUGAUCGCCCGUCUAUGGGCAGUGUUUCCUGCUUGUCAUUCAUUUUCUUUCCCUUCUUCUAUAUCGCAUCCCUUACCUUUGAUAGGAUGGGCUCUGUUGAUCUUUCUUUUUGUAUUUUUACAUUUCACGAUACCAGGGCACUCAAUAAAACGGAGCAUGGCUUCCGCCAAGCAAAAAGCUGAUCAGUUGAAAUUUUUUGGUGACUCGCCCCUGUUUCCUCAUGUCUUGGAACAAUAAUGCAU